AUUGCCAUCCCUAGCCACAAAAAAGAAAGAUAAAAGAAAGAAAUGCUCCGACCAGAAAGCACCACUCCACUUCAAAGAGAGAAGAGCAGAGUUUUGUUAUACAUUCAUUUGCAUCUUCUUCCUGCAAAGUUAGCAACUAAUUAAUGGAGGCUAUGGGAGAAAAACUUGUCUCAAAUUUUGUUAAGCUGUUGUUAGACAAGCUUGUUUCUAUUGAGUUUGUCGACGAUUUCCAGAGCACAAAGCUCGACGUUUCACUCUUGAAAAAGCUCAAGACAACACUGCUCAAACUUCUAAUCGCACUUAAUGAUGAUGCUGAUGUCAAAGAAUGGUUCAAUAGACUGAGAUAUGCUGUCUCUGAGGUUCAAAAUUUGUUAGACGAAAUCAAUACUGAGGCAUUACGCUGCAAAGUGGAAGCUCAGUAUCAAAUCCUAACUCCUACUACUUCUCAGGUGCUCAAAAAUCUUUCUUCUAGUUUGACACGGUUUAAUAAAGUGAUUAAUUCUAAAUUGGAAAAACUAAUCGAAAGAUUAGAGUUUUCGACUUCAGAAGCUGGACAGAAAGAUAAAUUAAGUGUUUCCUAUUCAAGCAGCAGUGUUUGGUAUGAAUCUCCUAAAAGUUCUGUUGCGGUUGAUGAGUCUUAUGUUUAUGGAAGAGACAAUGAUAUACACAAACUUAAAAAUCUUUUGUUGUCUGAAAAUGCUAAUGAUGGUGAUUGUAAACUAAGAAUCAUUUCCAUUGUUGGUAUGGGAGGGAUUGGUAAAACAACCCUUGCCAAACUCCUUUACAAUGAUGGCGAAGUUAAGGACAAAUUUGAGGUGAGAGGGUGGGCACAUGUCUCAAGUGAUUUUGUUGUUUUCAGGGUUUUGGAAAACAUUCUUGAAUCAAUCACUUUACAAAAAAUCAGGAAUGAUAACCUGAAUUCUCAACUUCUUGAAUGGGUCGAUUUUGAAAGAAAUGAAACUAGUGAUGUGAACGCCAGUUACCAGAAUAUUUUAUUAGUGACACUGCAACAAAUUUUAAGCACUAGAAAUUUUUUGCUGGUGUUGGAUGAUGUGUGGGAUGCAAAAUCUGUCGAUUGGAUAUAUCUGAUGGACAUCUUUAAUGUUGGGGAAACGGGCAGCAGGAUCAUCAUCACGACACGGGAUGAAAGAGUUGCACUAUCCAUGCAAACCUUUCUUUCUGUCCACUAUUUGAGACCUCUGGAGAGUGAAUAUUGUUGGUCUUUAGUUGCCAGACAUGCAUUUGGGGCACGGAACCAUAAACAGUCUGAUCUAGAAGAAAUUGGUAUAGAACUUGCAAAAAAAUGUGAUGGGUUACCAUUAGCUGCAGUAGCACUUGGGGGUUUUCUUCGUUUCAAAUUGUCCCCGGAUUAUUGGAAUGAUGUGCUAGAAAGUGACAGUUGGGAAUUGAUAGAUCAUGAUGUGCAACAUACUCUACAAUUGAGCUACAAUUAUCUAUUGCCUCCUUUAAAGCGGUGCUUUGCAUACUGUUCAAUUUUUCCAAAGAAGUCCAUUAUAGAAAAAAAUCUGGUGGUUCAGUUGUGGAUUGCAGAAGGUUUAGUAGAAUCGUCCACAAAUCAGGAAAAAGUCGGAGAAGAAUACUUUGAUGUAUUAGUGUCAAUGUCAUUGAUACAUCGACGAUCUAUUGGUGACGAGGAAGCAAACUUUGAAAUGCAUAGCCUCAUCCAUGAUUUAGCUACAAUGGUUUCAUCUUCAUAUUGUAUCAGGUUGGGCGAAAGUAACCUACAUGAAAGGAUACAUAAUUUAUCAUACAAUAGAGGGCUAUAUGACUCAUUUAAUAGAUUCGAUAAAUUGUAUGGAGUAAAAGGUCUACGCACCUUUCUUGCAUUACCAUUACAAAAACAACUUCCUUUUUGUUCGUUAUCGAACAAGGUAGUACAUGAGUUGUUACCAACAAUGAAACAGUUACGUGUUUUGUCUUUGUCAAAUUACAAGAGUAUCACUGAGGUUCCCAAAUCUAUUGGAAAUUUGUUAUACCUUCGGUACUUAAAUCUUUCUUGCACUAAGAUUGAAAGGUUGCCUUCUGAAACAUGUAAACUAUACAAUCUGCAGUUCUUGUUGUUGUCAGGCUGUAAAAGGCUCACUGAGUUGCCCAAGGACAUGGGAAAAUUGAUUAACUUGCGCCACCUUGACGUUAGUGACGUUGCAUUGAGGGAGAUGCCCGUACAAAUAGCCAAACUAGAAAAUCUCCACACUUUGUCUGACUUUGUUGUUGGUAAACAUAAUGGUGGACUAAAGGUUGCAGAGCUAAGAAAAUUUCCCCACCUACAUGGAAAACUUUCCAUCUCACAACUACAAAAUGUUAAUGAUCCCUCUGAAGCGUUGCAAGCCAAUAUGAAGAUGAAAAACCAAAUAGACGAGUUAGCUUUAGAAUGGGAUUGUGGUAGUACUUUUUCAGAUUCACAAGUUCAAAGUGUUCUACGUGUACUUCAACAUUUGCGACCCUCAUCAAAUUUGAAAAGUCUCACUAUCAAAGGGUACAGUGGAAUCAGAUUUCCAAAUUGGUUGGGUGAUUUUUUAUUUGGCAACAUGGUGUACUUGAGGAUCUCAAACUGUGAUAAUUGUUUAUGGCUUCCACCUCUUGGACAAUUGCGUAAUUUAAAAACGCUCAUUGUUGUUUCGAUGCUUUCAAUAAAGAGUGUUGGUACAGAGUUUUAUGGAAAUGAUAAUUACCCUUCAUUUCAACCAUUUCCCUCCCUAGAAACUCUUCACUUUGAAGAUAUGCCAGUGUGGGAGGAGUGGAACAUGAUUGGAGGUGCCACUACGGAGUUUCCUAGUCUUAAAUGUUUGUUACUAAGUAAGUGCCCAAAACUGAGGGGAAACAUACCUGAGAAACUUCCUUCCUUAACUGAACUUGACUUAAGAGGAUGUCCUCUACUGGUGAAGUCAAGACAUUCAAAUCAUAAUAUCAGUUUUAUAAUUACAAUUCCAUUGUCAGAUGUAUUCAGCCAAUUGAUGCUCCCUUUCAAUUCUCUUCGACAGUUGACCAUAGAAGGCUUUCCAUAUCUGACGUCUUUCCCAACAGACGGUCUACCAAAAACCUUGAAAUUUCUCAUAAUCAGUAAUUGUGAGAAUUUGGAAUUCCUGCCUCAUGAUUCCUUGCACAAUUAUGCAUCAUUAGAGGAAUUGAAAAUAUCUUAUAGCUGUAAUUCAAUGACAUCAUUUACCUUGGGUGAUCUCCCUGUCCUCAAGAGUCUGUUUAUUGAGGGUUGUAAGAAUCUGAAAUCGAUAUUAAUUGCAGAAGACUCGUUGCAAAAGAGUCUCUCAUUUCUUAGAAGCAUCAAACUAUGGGAUUGUAAUGAACUGGAGUCAUUUCCCCCAGGUGGAUUGCCCACUCCAAACCUUGUUUAUAUUGCCUUGUGGAAGUGUGAGAAGCUUCAUUCACUGCCAGAAGCAAUGAACAGUCUGACUGGCCUUCAAGAAAUGGAAAUUGAUAAUCUACCAAAUCUUCAAUCUUUUGUCAUAGAUGAUUUGCCUAUCAGUUUACAAGAAUUGACUGUUGGCUCUGUUGGAGGGAUUAUGUGGAAUACUGAGCCAACUUGGGAACAUCUCACUUGUCUUUCAGUGUUGCGAAUUAACGGUAAUGAUACGGUGAACACGCUGAUGCUGCCAUUGCUACCUAAAUCUCUCAUGAGACUAUGCAUCUGUGGUCUUGGUGAUAAAAGCAUUGAUCAGAAGUGGCUUCAACAUCUCACUUCUCUCCAAAACCUUGAGAUUGUUAAUGCUCCCAAACUCACGUCAUUGCCAAAAGAUGGAUUGCCUUCCUCUCUUUCUGUACUAAGCAUCACUCGCUGUCCAUUACUGGUAGCAAGGUUGCGGAGAAAGCGAGGGAAAGUGUGGCGUACAAUUUCUCACAUUCCCUCCAUAAUUAUCGAUGACGAAUUGAUCACAUGAUUUUCCUGUCCAGAAUUCUAUUAUGAUGUGUCACUGUCAACCCUGCUUCUGCCCAAUCUUGUUGUGAGAAGCCAAAUUCGCAUGCACGAAUCAGGAACAGAUGAAAAAGAGAAACAACAUCUGACUCCAAAUAUGUUAGCCCAAAAGGUGCCACCAUUGAGCAGAGUUCUCCUAUUGUGUGUGUCAGUUGGUUGCUGCUGAAUUGGAUUGCUCAUGAAUGCCAUCAAACUUCUCCAACACUGGUGACCUGUUUUCCACUUCUCCAAGUUCUGUCUAUGAGCCUCCAUUUUAUUAUGAGCAAACACAAUCAAGACACAACAACUACCUUGAUUCUACUUCUACAGAUGCUGCUCUGGUGGAAUAUAAGACAUAGCCGUUGAGCCUCAAAUUGGAGGUAGAUUCGUCCAAUGGUUUUCUCCACAAAUCUGAAUGUCGUCGAGGGAAUAUCCAGGCCUUCGUAGAGAGAUCCUCGACAAUAGCCAUGACACAUUCAGAGAAAAGGAGCAUCCACACCAUGGAAAAGCAGAUAGCCAUGCUAGGAAGAUUUUAGUUGAGUAUAGCAUAAUCUAUCCAGUUCUGCAGUUCUGUUAUAGACAUUGCAGAACCAUCUUUUUUCCAUUGAUUUCAAUAAUGCAUUGAAAUUUGAACCAUUUGCUUGACCUGUAAAGAUGACACUAGUUUAAUGAUACUAACAAUGGCCAGCAUAUGUGAGUUUAUAAAUGCAUUUCUAUUUUCAUGAUCAGAAAAAUGUAUUGAACUUGCAAAUGAAGAAAAGUAAUGUGUACCUUAUCUAAAUGGUGUAAAAUAAAUAGUAAUAAACAUAUUAAUUGAUGAUAGAGUAGUAGUUAUAUAUGUCUGACUAGUAGCCAAAUAAGUCAUACAUAGGAGUAUUUGUAGCAGAAAAGCAUUGGAGAAGUGAGAAUGGAUAGUGUAUAAAAGUGUUCCACCAA